AUGCGGCAUGUACAGUUUUUAAUUUUAUUUUUCUCCAUGUGUAGUGCCCGACCUGAACCUCCGUCUAGGUACCAAUACCCAGCACCAGCAGGGCAUGGUUCUAUGACACAGGCAAUCCACGGUUCCAGAAAUGGGGGCGAUCUUUUUCAAGGAAACAGUAUAUUGUCAAACAUGCUAAUGCAUGGAGAAGAAGGUUAUAAUUCUGGUAAACCUAAUCAACCUGAGGCCUUACAUAUAGUUUACCCCACCGCACAACCUGGAGCAGCGCAAGGUGGAGUAGCAGCAGGAGGAGGUUAUAGUUCAGGCGCACCUAGUGCAGCUCCAGGUGGAGGAGGAUAUAGCUCUGGAGCUCCUAGUUCACCUCAUGGAGGAGGUUAUACCUCUGGAGCACCUGCUGCACCAUCUCAUGGGGGAGGUUACAGCUCUGGAGCACGUAGUGCAGCUCCAGGUGAAGAAGGAUAUAGCUCUGGAGCUCCUAGUUCACCUCAUGGAGGAGGUUAUACCUCUGGAGCACCUGCUGCAUCAUCUUAUGGGGGAGGUUACAGCUCUGGCGCAUCUAGUGUAGCUUCAAGUGGAGGAGGAUAUAGCUCUGGAGCUCCUAGUUCACCUCAUGUAGGAGGUUAUACCGCUGAGGCACCUGCUGCACCAACUCAUGGGGGAGGUUACAGCUCUGGCGCACCUAGUGCAGCUUCAAGUGGAGGAGGAUAUAGCUCUGGAGCUCCUAGUGCUUCCCAUGGUGGAGGUUAUAGCUCUGUAACACCUAAUGUACAGUUAGGUGGAUCAUCCCAAGGAGGCUAUAGCUCUGGAGCACCUAGUGCAUCUUUAGGAGGAGGUUACAGUCAAGGACCUAGUGUUUCAGGGGGUUCAAAUGCACAAGGAGGAGGAUAUAGCUCUGGAGAACCAAGUGGAUAUAGUUCUGGAGGACAUUCUGAGUUUAAUGGGGGAGGUGCUCAGCAACAGCAAAAUCCUUUCCACCAGGAACACCAAGGAGGUAAUCAAGGACAAUCUGAAGCAAUUGGAGGUGGAGGUACCGAAGUAUUUAAACAUGUCUACUUCCAUAUACCUCCUGCUGAACUAGAGAUAAAACCAGCACAGCAAGUAGUAAAACCUGCUGCUGCCAAUCAAAAACAUUAUAAAAUCAUUUUCAUAAAAGCGCCAUUCUACCCUCCACCGGCAGCUCCAAAGAUUUCUCCACUGAAAAUAAACGAAGAAAAAACAUUGGUAUACAUUCUGGUAAAACGUCCGGAAGCACCGGAAGACAUAACGGUUCCAGCACCGGAACCAACACAACCCACCAAACCAGAAGUAUACUUCAUCAAGUACAAAACGCAGAAAGAGGGUUCCGGGAGAGAAAAAGUCGUUAGUAAAGUAGAAGAAAUGAUCAAAAUUAACACAGGCUCAGAUGAAAAUAACGAGUCAGAACCAGAAAUAUCGUCAUACAAACCUAAAAGUAAUGGUAAAGAACCUGGUUCUAAAUACGGAGCACCCAAACCUAAUUACGGAGUACCCAAAUCAAGAUCGCUCCGACGAAGGUACCAAGAAUCUUAA